AAAGAAUCCAUCACAUUCUCUCUCAUUCUUCUCACAGCUACGCCUUCACCAGCAGGCGCAUUCUUCUCAACCAUGGCGUCUAAACCAGCUCCUCUAAUAGCGCCCCUCAUGCGCCGAGCAUUUGCUCCUGCAAAAAGCCUGCCUCAAUUCGCUCUCCGCCGAUCGCAUCCCGCCUCUCCAUCACCCGUCGCCAUCGCCAUCGCAUCUACAACUUCUCUCCACCAGCACCGCCUCGCACACACCAUCCCUCGGCCCCCUCAGAAGAAGCCGCAAAACGAACCCGCCACCAAGGACGCUCCCUCCAGCGAAAGCGACCGCCCCGAGUUCAAGGGCCCGGCGUUCUACCAGCUUUCCUUCACCUGCGUCCCUUGCGGCCAUCGCUCGCACCACAACGUUUCGAAGCAAGGGUACCAUCGCGGCUCUACGCUGAUAACGUGUCCGAGCUGUCGCAAUAGGCACGUCAUCAGCGACCAUUUGAAUAUCUUUGGCGAUCGCAAAAUCACCGUCGAGGAUCUGAUGAGAGAGAAGGGUCAGUUGGUUAAGAGGGGCUCCUUGGGCGAGGAUGGAGACAUUGAGUUCUGGCCGGACGAGGCGAUACCGGACGAAGUUGCGGAUAUUACAGGCAAAGACAACAAAGGCUCAUCAUAAUAAACAUGUACGUUUGAGCUUUGAAAGAACGAUCAAGACAAGGUGAAGCGCCGGGCCUCGCUCUUGGAUUGCAUGCCGUUUGUGCUAGUGUGACGAGCCUGACUUUAUUUGGGCAGGACUCAAUAUGGCAGAUGGCAUUGUACGAAUAUGUAAAAGUUAUAUAGGAUCGGCGUUGAGGAUUGCAUCUAGAAGAUACUCUGGCUCUUUAAAAGCAACAGGAUAUGAAAUGAAAAUUACCAGGGAUCUAUACUGAUCCCUACGCUUUUUUGUCUAGCUAGUAGCAUACAUAUGCAUCUAUAUAUAGCGUUGAUUAAUAGUCACAAAAGAACAAGUUUUAAAACGCCAUCGUAAA